AGUUCCUCGCGAGUGGAGUCGCGCGCGACUAUCGAGAGAGCUAGCAGCGUGGCUCAUCGCGGAGUGCCUAGUGAUCCUAGUGAUCCGUGUGAUCCAAGUGAUCCAAGAUGACGGGCUCGCGGGUGCGAACCCGGGUUUUCAUGAGCCUCUUCCUCGCCCUCCUAGCCGUCGCCUUGCAGGGAGUGCAAGGUGAGGAAGAGCUAGGUGUGGGCCAGGUACCUUCGGAAGUACAGUGUCGACCUUACAUCGAAAAAGCCCUCAAGGAUCUCGGUACAGGGUCUCUCGAGGAGAAUAGUGUCGAGGUGGGCGAGGCUACGGACGAAGAUGAGGCGCCUCCGUUGAACGAACAGGGUGAAGAGCCAACGGAUGCUGACAAUGACGAUGACGACAAUAAUGAUGAUGACGACGAUGCGGGAAAAGAUGAUAGCGAUCAUUCCAUGGAAAAUGCUGACGAUGGUAGUGAUGAGGGAGAUCGUCCGGACGAUGGAGGAAGUAACAGCGGUGAGGAUGACGAUGAGCUCGCUGCUAACGAACCAGUCGAAGAUGACGCCGAAGCCGCUAGCAGCGAAGAUACUGACGGAGACAGUGAAAACGUGGAAACUGUCGAGAUAACGAGCGCCGAAGGUGCGGCGGAGAAUCAGAGCGAAGGUGACGACGGAGACGAAGCUGACAACGCCGACGAUGACGACGACAACGACGAUCAACAGAAGGAUGAGAAAUCUACCGAGGAACCAGAGGAGGGUGGAACGGAAGAGACAGCCAGUCAAGAAACAGAUGGAGUCGCCGAAAACGACGCGGAUGGAAGCACAGAGUAUAAGGAGGAUGAGACUGCCGAGGAAGACGGUGACCGUACGGAAGAAGUGAAGGACGUAGAAUCGGAGGAGGAGGACAAUAAAAAUGACAUAGAAUCCGGCGAGGAUAACAUCGUCGACAAUGAACCUAGCGAGGAAAAGGAUGAGGAUCAAAAAUCCGCUGAAGAUCAAGACGGAUCUGCUCAGGAGGUCGAUAAUAAUUCCAAUAGUGCUGAGGACGGCGAGUCGGAUGUUGGAGAUGCUGGAAAGGAUGAUUCCGAGGAAAAGAAAGACGAUGUGGGUAUUGAAUCGGAAGAAAAACAGGAUGACGCUGACGGUGAUUCGGAUAUCGAUGAUGGUGUGAAAAAGGAUGACGAUGAAGACAGCAAGGAAGACGGCAAAGGAGAUAGUAAAGAAGAGAGUGUCGAAGGUCAAGAUGAAACCAAGGAAAGUGCCGAAGCGAGUGAGGGUACAGAUAACGCUUCUGCUGAAUCGCCAGACGACGAUACAAAGUCCGAGGAAAGCGAAGAAGUAAAAUCACGCGAGCGGCGAGAAGUUGGAGUCGAGGUAGAGGGUGGAGUGGAAGUCGACGACGAUAAGUCAAGCAAGGAAGACGACGGUGACAAGGAAAAAACAGAUUCGGUCGAAGACGUAGAUGAGAAGGAGUCCGAAGAGUCAACCGAAGAUGAGGGAGCCGGAUCCACUCCGGAAGAAGAUCUCAUUCAAGAAAUUGAAGUGCCGGAGAACCUGAGGCCACGUGACCACAUCAACCAGCUGCUAAAACUGGAUGAAGAAAACGAAGAAAAGGAAAGAGCUAUUCAAAAGGCCGCCGAUAUUGUCCUCCGUGAUUUGAAGCGUCUGUACGACACCGCCAUCAAACCGCUGGAAACUCUCUACAAGUACAGAGAUCUGAGUAACAGACAUUUCGGAGACCCUGAGAUCUUCUCAAAGCCGCUAGUUCUGUUUAUGGGACCAUGGAGUGGCGGAAAAUCGUCAAUCAUCAAUUACCUACUCGACAACGAAUACAAACCAACUUCUUUAAGAACGGGUAUUUCGCAAGAGUGUAUCGAAGAGCCUUGCAAACCGCUAAAUGGGACUGACACAGGAGCUGAGCCGUCACCUGCCUACUUCAACAUCCUGAUGCACGGAGAGGAGGAGGAAAUUCUCGACGGUACUCAGCUGGCGGCAGAUUGGACAUUUUCUGGACUGCAAAAAUUCGGACAAGGAAUGUUAGAUCGUCUGCGCGGAAUUCGUCUGAACAACAAGCUACUGGAAAAGGUAAACAUCGUCGAGAUACCUGGAAUCUUGGAAAUUCGCAAACAAGUCCAGAGACUCUUCCCGUUCAAUGACGCCUGUCAAUGGUUCAUCGAUAGAGCCGACAUAAUCUUCCUGGUCUACGAUCCUGCUAAACUGGACGUCGGACCCGAGACAGAAGCUAUUCUCGAUCAACUGAAAGGACGAGAGUAUCAAACAAGAAUCAUUUUGAACAAGGCCGAUCAAGUGAAGCCGGAAGAACUCAUGAGGGUACAAGGUGCACUGAUAUGGAACAUUUCACCACUGAUGUCAAGUGCCGAACCUCCAAUAAUGUAUUCAACGUCACUGUGGUCAUUGCCUUACGAGGCUGGUGCACCAACAAGGCUGUUAUACGCACAGGAGCGCGCCUUUCUUCGCGACCUACGUUCAGCGGUUGACAAAAGAGUUGAACACAAAAUAGCUAGCGCCAGAAGAUUCGCCGUACGGGUGCGAAAUCACGCGAAAAUGGUGGACUGCUACCUAACGACUUACUACAAUCACAAGACCUUCUUUGGCAACAAGAAGGACAUAAGUGACAAGAUAAUAGAAAACCCUCAAGACUACCACAUCUACGAAGGUCUUAGCACCUUGACAAAUAUCUCGCGCUACGAUCUGCCCGAUCCCGACGUUUACAAAGAUUUCUUCCGUCUGAAUCCACUGUACGAUUUUCAACAGCUGAGCACCACGUGUACGUACUUCCGUGGAUGCCCGAUAAAUAGGCUCGACGUAGCGAUAGCCUAUGAUUUACCAGAACUUGUAGGAAAGUACAAGAAAUCGGUAGAGGUCGCUUUACACGAGAGUGAGACGAGUCCUCCGUCGAGUUGAGCCUGAGAGUACGGAACGAGGUGAAAUGCUGGAUACCAAAGAAAAUGAGGAACGAAGUAGUAGGAUUUCAUUAUCUCUUGAUCGAAUGUAACCAACCAUUGAACCUAAUAAAUACAAAUAUCAAUGUGAACUGUCGAUCUAUUGUUACAAAUAUCAAAGUUACUUCGAGAGAUUGAAAUACACGGGUAAAAGAAAAAUAACAUUUACCAAAGACGUGAUUCAAGACUGUUCAUAGGCGAGGAUAAACACCAGGGUGAUGAAACGGACAUACUCAAUCCGGAGUAAGGUAUUAGGUGCCAAAGUAAAGAGAAGAACAGCGUUGGAAUUUCAAGAAUUUUUACUGAUAUCCAGCAAAGCUUGCCUGUAAAUACUCUCAGAUCGAGAUAUAUCCCACGAUAUCAGAUUACGGGUGCUUUGAUUUCCCAUGAAAUGAAUGGGCGAGGUGGGAGGCUAAGAGGAAUGGCAUCCAUGGCUCGGUGCACAAAGCUCUGUACGGGGCAUCAAGAGAUAACCAAGGAAACGAUCAAAAAAUCAAGAUAAAAAUUAAAUCACGGAAAACAGCAUAGGCUCUGUUAUCUAUGCUUUGCUGCGGGCAGCUGGCAUAAAAAAAAAGAUUAUUUCAUUUAACCGCUGUUAACGGAAGCGUAAAAAAAUUGAAAUAAUCAAAGAAUGCGGUGCCAAAUUAUCACGUCAACAGCGCAUUGAAACUUAAAACAAAUCUUCGAUAAAAUUAAAAUGCAUUUACGGUCAAUGUAGUCGACGGAAUUUUUGUUGACAAUAAAAAAAAAAAAAAAUAUAUCUCGAUUGUUAACCAAAGAGCGCGGGAUCGACGUUGAUUUAUACAGUGCAUAUUAUACCUUGACGCCUCCGUGUCCGCCGCACUGUUUUGCGCAGGAGGAUACACGUACGCGUUAUGUGCACCAGCCGACACAGACUGUUAU